AUUAGGCGCAGAAGUGGGGAGCCGCGCUGAGAUGCGGUGGCAGCCUGGUGUGGUCCGGGGGGCGCGGACGGGAUGCCCUAGGCUAGUGUUUGGUGCGCUGGGUACUGCACGGGGGGCUGAGGGUGCGCUCCUGGUGCCGGGGUGUGUAGUGAUAGUGCUGCACGCUGGUGGCGGCGGCGGCGUUGCACCAUGGACUCAAGAAGUGAUGGAAGGAAAUAGUAGUCUCUGUGUCCCUGAAGAAGAAAACAUGGCCCUUUCUGUAGAAGAACAAAGUAUGACUGAGGUGGAAAUUAAGCAAGACAAAGGAGAUAGUAGCCAUGCAGAGAAUACAGAAAAUUGCCCUGAUAUGUACAGAUAUAUCAAAGGAGAUUUGUUUACAUCAGAGAUUUAUAAAGUAGAAAUUCAGAACCUUCCAAAAUAUAUUGGCUUUAAUGAUGUAAAGAAAUUUCUUGCCAAAUAUGGACUUAACCCUCACAAGAUAAAACUUUUUGGGAAACAAACUUUUGCAUUUGUGACAUUUAAAAGUGAGGAGGAAAGGGACAAAGCUAUGAAAGUCCUUCAUGGAGCCAUGUGGAAGAGCCGAUAUUUGAGUGUUAGGCUCGCAAAGCCUAAAGCUGAUCCCAUUGUAAAAAAGAGGAAGAAAGAAGUGGAGGACACUGAACAGAGAGAGACAAAGCGUCCAGCUUUAGCAAAAGACAGUGAAGAGGAGUCUCUCAGUAAACAGAUAGCAGAUGUGGUGACACCUUUGUGGAAUAUACCAUAUGAAGAACAGCUGACAAAGAAGAAGCAAGAGUGUGAACAAGUGCUGCAGAAACUGACAAAGGAAAUAGGAAACAACAACAAAGCCCUGUUACCUUGGUUGUUUGUACAGAAGCAGAAGUAUAAUAAAAUCUGUUGCCCAGUAGAGGGAGUGAAAGCAUCACCAUUACAGACUGAAUACCGCAACAAAUGUGAAUUUUUGAUUGGAAUGAGUUUAAAUCAAGAAGACAAAACUGUGGGUUGUCGCCUUGGCAAAUACAAGGGUGGAAGCUGUGCUGUAGUGGAACCAUUUGAGACUAUUCACAUUCCUGCUGUUGCCAAAAAGGUAGUGAAGGCUUUUCAAGACUACAUAAGGACAACCCCUUACUCAGUGUACAGCCUGGAAACCUACGAAGGUCACUGGAAACAGCUCACGGUCCGCACCAGCAAAAAUGGUCAUAUCAUGGCAAUUGUUUAUUUUAAUCCUCAGAAAUUAAGUAAAGAAGAGCUUGUUGACCUGAGAACCUCACUGGCAAAAUACUUUACAGAAGGAACUGGAAAGGAGAGUGGGGUAACCUCUCUUUACUUUGUAGAGGAAGGGCAGAGAAAAUCACCCAAUCGUGAAGACUUGCCCUUACAACAUUUGGCUGGUGAUAAGUACAUAUAUGAAGAGCUUCUUGGUCUAAAGUUUAGAAUUUCCCCCCAUGCAUUUUUCCAAGUAAUGUUGGUAAAUACACAGGCUGCAGAGGUUCUAUAUAAAGCCAUUAGAGACUGGGCCCACCUGAACCAAGAUAGCACUGUACUUGAUAUUUGCUGUGGAACAGGAACAAUUGGAAUUUCACUGGCAAAGAAAGUGAAGAAAGUUAUUGGAAUCGAACUCUGUCAAGAAGCUGUGGAGGAUGCCAAAGUGAAUGCUCAAAUUAAUGAUCUGAAUAACAUUGAAUUUCACUGUGGAAAGGCUGAAGACAUUGUUCCUUCUUUAAUUAACUUAUUAGCUUCACACAACCUGAUUACAAUUGUAGAUCCACCUCGGGCAGGACUACAUUCUAAAGUCAUUCUUGCAAUCCGAAGAGCUGAACACUUGAAGAAGCUCAUCUAUGUAUCCUGCAAUCCCAGAGCUGCCAUGAACAACUUUGUGGAGUGACUCAGAAGCAGUAUCCCUGGAGAUGGGCUUGGAGUUCACAGUCCUGUGGCUUACAACACUGCUCUACCAAAGCCAGCAUUGUCACAGGCCUGCUGGGUAAGUGCAUAAUGAGAUGUAAAUGUGUGGAUGGGCAGUCAGGUAGUGGCUAUGCAGAUAUCUUGAUUUAGCACUUGGGCCAGGAAGGCUCCCAUCAAGGCUUGUACUCUGGUCGAGUGGGCAGUUACAAUCACUGGUGGAGGCACUUUCACUGGAUCAUAGCAGAAAUGAAUGUAGGUGAUGAUCUAUGAUGGAAUUCUCUGAGUGGACAUUGGAAGACCUUUCAUCUUGUCCACCAUCAUGAUGAACAACUGUGUCAACUUAUGGAAUGGCUUGGUCCUUUCCAUGUAAAAGGCUAGCAUUUACCUGAUGUCCAGAAAGUGCAAUUUAUGCUCUUCUUCUGACUUACGAGGUUUUGGAAAGACAGGUAAGUAUAUGUCUUGGCUUGUAUGAAACAAACUACCUUAGGCAGGAAAGCCAGGUGUGGUUGCUGUUGGACUUUUUCCUGGUAGAAGACGGUAUAGGGCGGCUCUGAGGUAAGUGCCCUAAUCUCAGAGAUCCUGUGGGCAGACGUUAUUGCCACCAAGAAAGAAACCUAGGAGAGUAGAAGAUGGGAGCAGGAAGCUAAAGAGGGGAGGCAUGAUCUGCAGCAGCAUGAGAUUCAGGUCCGAAGGGACGGGGUCAUGGACAUGGGGAGGAAGAGUUGCUCUACACCCUUAAGAUGUAGAAGGUAGUCUAAAAACAUAAUGAUGAGAGAGAAAACAGCUAUCCACUUGCGAGGCAAGGGGAAGGUGCCCUGACCAACCAUCAUGGUAAGAAGGAACUGAGAGGGCGUAGGGCCGGUAUUGUCUAAAUAUACUGAUGCAUGAGCAUGGUACUCCAUAGGGUGUUGGCAAAAAUCUCCAACUCUGCACAUGGGUGCACACGCACCUAGACAUGAGCAAGCACUUGAAUGUCAGUGUGCCUGGCUAAAGGGUUUUCAUUUUUUAUGAAAAGGGGCUAGUUUUACCAUGAAAAUUUGUCAACAUGUGGUAAGAGGUAUUGAUAUUUGCAUAACAAAAGUAGACUUCAGUUAAUUUCAAAAGACUAGGUGGGAGACAGCUCAAGGAGACUGUUCCCACUCAAAAACAGACAGUUGCAAUACGACGACAUUAGACAAACAAAAUCAGCAUUUUUAUAAUGUAAUAUCAAACUUUAUUGCUUAAAACUAAUUGUUUGGAAAAAUACACAUGUAGUACUCAAAGACCAAACACAAAGGCUUAUAUGAUUGUGCAGAAAAAAAAGCAAAGCAGAGGCUCAGUGAAAAUGAGGCUUUAUAGUUGUACCAAUUUAGCACUGGCAUCAAGCAACUGCACUCAAUACAAUUCAUAUAGCAACCAUUGUUAUCUACUUGGGCACAUAAGAAUGCAUUAUUCACUUUUCCCUUCUCAAAUACAUGUCAGAAUACUGUUCACCUUUUAUUUUGUUGAUAAUGGCAUUAGUUCUUGGACUUUUCUGAUACUUAAUCUAAAAUUCUUCCCACAGGAAGUUUGACAAGGCAAUUAUCUUUGUGAACUUUGCUCCAGAACCAAAAUAUAGUGUAUGUGUAGGAUGUAAUCAAGCUUUUAAAGAAAGAAUACUUAGAUGUUACAAGUGUGCAUUGUAUGUAAAGCCUAACAGUGUCAUCGGGAGUUUACAUACAACAGCAAGAGUUUUUGUGCAUAACAGAGCCAUGUUAAGCAUCUGGGAACCCAACUACUUUAUCUCUUGUUUAAUAAAUAUUUAAAGCUGAAUGACUUGUGUUUAAAUAGGUAGCAUCUGACUAUUUCACUGGAAGUCACAGUAACUUUUCUUUCAGUACCAUAAAGAUUUGAAUGCACGCUAAUUUAACCCUUAAAGUCAAUACACCACACUUCUGUCAAGAAGCACAUAAUAUGCAAAGCAGAAUAGGUCUAAUUUCCAAAGGAUGGAACAGUUCUUAUUAAUUCAUUCCAUCCCCAUAAAAAUAUCCACCUUUCCUAGAAUAAGGAACAAAGAUCAGUGACAAAAGCAGUAGUUUUGCUUUAUGCAUUCAUACAAUCAAGAUCUAAACCUUUACAGCUGGUUACCUAAAAAACACACGAGUUACAAGACAAAUGUAGGGUACAUCUUGAAUCACACCUUAGUGUUCAUGCAGAAGCUGAAAUUAAUGCAAUGACCUAUCCUCUAUCACAGCAGCUCGUGCUUAUGUGCAAAUGCAAGACUGUUACACUACAAACAAUAGUAAACAUUAAAACACAAGAAUACUUCACAAUGACAAUAAACAGCAGUUAAGUUGUUUGUUCCAGCAGUUAUUGCGCUUUAUUUUCUGGACAAUUCUCCAGUUGAAGGCUGCAGCAAGGUCUAAUACCAUCCUUUUAAAGAAUGCAUAAUAUGUGAGAGGCUUUGGUUCACAAUGAAAUAUCUAGAUGUUUUAUUUAAGGGCAAUGGUCACCUUACGAUUCAGAUAGUGGCAGAUUGAGGUAAGACUAAAGCAAAAUGCUCAAUACAGCAAUCCUCUUAGAACACAGUAAAAACAAAUUCCUAAAUGAGGCAUCUAUGGAUAAUCUGCAGGUGGCCUGCAAAAUAUUGACAUUCUGAUUUUGGACAAAGAUCCACAGGGAUGAUUUGUCUUUUACAGUAUUGGCCAAGGACAGAUUUUUCUGCUAGAAAACACACAAACUGAAAAAACACCUACUUCAACAGUAAUACAUUUAGGCAAAGAUAUAACCCCUGUCUUCAAAGUCAGAGAGAAGCAGCAACUACUGCUUGUAAGUACUGCACCAAUGUUACACAUCUUUCAAAAGAUGGAGAUUAAAGCUAUAUUAAAAGAAAAUAAGCAGAGGCAGUACUUUUUAGAUAGGUCACUUUAAAAUUAAUGUGUCAUCCUGCACCUAUCCUUCUGUACUGAAAACAGGAUUACACUUCACAGAAAUCAAAAGCUGAAUAUGAUAAUGAAGAUUGGGUGAGUCAUUUGCAGACACCUCUGAGCAUAUCACUUAUAACAAUGAAAAUACAGAAACAGAUGAGACUGAUCUCAAAUAUCAGAAGCAAUAAAUUACAGAACUUUAACUUGGCAUCAAAAAUUUAAGUUUUCUAAUUUCCAAAAUAGCAGGGCUGAUAUUAAAGGUGUUAAAAUCCAGUUGGCACAAUCAGUCACUAUACUGCAGUAUGCUGUACUCAAGAUUUCAAGAAUGACAACUGUCCAGACAAGUACCAGACCUGCAGCAUUUAUAAGGAUUAAGAACUGUAGCUCUCUGUCCCUCCAAUUAUUUGGGGACCGUAAAAUAUGGCUGUACUAAUAUCAACUCCUAGAAAAGUCACUGGACCCCUACCACCAAACAGGCUUCUUGCCAUUCCAUUCCCUCCCCUUCUUUUAAGCACAAAAUGGUUCCCGCUUCAAAUCUGAGGAAUUUACUGCAUUAGUCAAUAAAGUAAAAACCCUAAAUAAGGGGGAAAAGCAGUGCUUUCACUACAACCAAAAUAUUUCUUCUGUGCAUAACUUAUUAAAGCCUCAGCAGAUACAGUAAGUACUGCCCGUUUUCUAAGAUUGUAUUUCAAAAAUGCUUGCAUAUUCAUGUCCUUUUUCAUCUUAAUCAGUACGUUUUAUUAAGGUCUUAGUCUAGUCUUUUCUAUGUUGUAUCCCAAAUCUACGUGCUAAUUUCCAUUGCAGAAGUUAAGUUUUUUAGCAUUUGAAGAAAAACGUAAGUAAAAAGCCAGUAACAACUUUUUUUU